UAAAAAAUCACGCUGUUCAAUUAUUCAUUCAUAAAUGAUAGACUAAAAAAUCUUAAUUUGCAGAGUGAGAUUACAAUAAUAAGGAAAAUGGACAAGUUGAAAAAGGUAUUGCGUGGAGAAGAAGAGCAGCAGGAUGAGCAAAGCAUAAUAACCGACGUGUACAGUGCCUCUUCACUCAGCUGGUCAACCCGCAUUAAAGGAUUCAUUGCCUGCUUUGUUAUUGGUUGCUCACUAUCUAUAUUGGGUUCCUUCCUCCUCUUCAUUCCAUCAAGUCAUAACCUUCGUACGUUUGCCGUCCUGUAUUGCUUCGGCACCGUAAUCGCUCUUUCUGGGACCCUGUUUCUAAUGGGACCCAUCAACCAGCUGAAGAACAUGUUUAAGGAGAAGAGGAUUAUUGCAACAUUAAUCAUGAUCGCCAUGAUUGCAUUGACACUCAUGUCUGCACUGUGGUGGGAAAUCACCAUUCUGGCAAUCCUGUUCUGCUUUCUACAAUUUCUUGCAUCAUUAUGGUAUUCCAUAUCCUACAUCCCGUACGCAAGAGAUGGUGUGAAGAAAUGCUGCGAGGGUUGCUUCGCAUAGGUUCUGAGACGGAAGAGGGCUAUGAGCCACAGUGUACAAAAGAAAUCAACAUAGACAUGGCAAGAAGCUGCAAUAGGUAUCUGUCACUGCUCAUAUACCUGUAGGUAGGAGGGACAGAAAAAUUUGUCAUCGCUUUCACCAUAUGGGAUACUUGUUUGCAAUAUAUUUUCAAUUUAAUGUCCGUUUUCAGGACAAAAGUUUUCCUUGAUAACGUGAAAGGCUCAACCAAGGAAGGUGCGACUUACCAGGCUGAUACUUGCACGUACAAAAUGUUGCUUGGACUGAUUCAUUCUUGUAUUUGGAGAAGCUGAAAGAAACCAUAAAACGUGCCACACCCCCUCCCCCCACCCCCCCCCCCCCCCCUCCUUCUAGUGAUACCCCUGACUUCAGGCAUAUCCUCUGAUAUGCUUCGAGGUAUUGCAAGAUUCAUACUUUAUUACUACUAUAAUACUAUUAUAAAAAGAGGUUAUUUAGCACAAUAUUCAUAAAGGCUUGUUCAGAUAUGACAUAGUGAAACACCACCAAAAAAAGCUGCUGCUCUUUCUUCACGGGUAAAUGAAGGUCCUGUGCAUAUUCAGUGAGCUCUAUGUAAUAAUAAACAGAAGCGUGAAGGGUUUGGUAUCACAAUAUAUAUGUAAGCACAAAAAAAAUGGCAAUGGUUUUGCCGUGCUAAUUGUAAACGAGGCUUUAGGAGGCGGUUCCAAUUUCAUGUGCUAAAUGUAAACGAGGCUUAAGACAGCGGUUCCAAUGAUAGUACCAGAUCGCAUAUCCGAACAGAGAACAUACUGUAAAACCAGAAAUGUUUGUGUGCAUGAAACUUUCAUGUAUUUUGCGAGGAGUCCGGAUUCGUAAAAGUUACGGGCGUGAAAGGUUUUGGUUAUACAAUGCAUCGAAUGCCAGUACAGUGCCUUAAAGCUUUGAGCUGCACAAGUAAAUUGACUGGUUUGGGUGGAUGUAUAAAACUAGCGCACGAUUAUUCAUGACCACAACUGCCUGUCUGAGUUUAAUGAAAGUGUAUUUCAGAGGCAUGAACGUUUGGCUUAAAUGACAUUGAUACAAGAUUAGUUUUAUAAAGUAUUAUAAAAUAUAUGAGAUAUAUAUCUUUAUAUCUAUUUUUUUCCACGUUCAGCCAUUUAUAAACCUUUCAUGCUUUGUAAGAGACUCUUAGCUACAAUUCGCGAAAGUUGCAUGUAGCGAAAGUUUCUGUUCUACAGCACCAUUGAUAAAAUAUAUAUCAGAAGCUUUGGUGUAAUUAAUAUUUGAUUUUUUUUCUUUCCAAAGGCUAUUUAUCUGUACAGAAAUGCACCUAUGUAGAAUAGAAACCUUUUGUUUUCAAUCUUUCUACUUAAUUUUCUAUGAUAUUCAGAAUUAUGAAGUUCAAUUUUUUGUUCUUUCUUUUGUUUAUUUUUUUAUAAAGGGAAUUUAUUUAAUUUGCCUUACUCUAUAUUCUGUUGUCAGCAUUUUAGUAUCAUCUUGAUCAAUAUUUUUUUCCUUCUCAGCUUCAUGAUUAAGUGCCCUUAUCUGAUGAGGUAAAAUUAGGUUUAAUACAGCAGUAGUACUUAGAUGUAUUGAUUUACUUUUAAUUUAUUGUCAAUGAUUUGAACAUUGUGUUAAACUGAGUUGUAAAGGCGAGAAUUAAGUUCAGUAUAUGAAGUCUACAUUAUUAUUACAUCAAUUGCAUAUGAACUUGAUUUGUAUCAGUUUAGUCAAAUUUGGAAAUUUUGUAGUUGUAGGACUUGUAAAAUCGAAUUAGUCCUGCCAAUUGAUUGGAAUGUGAUCUAUUUAUAACUCACUGUUUCUGUGACAUGAAUCAAUUUAAUUCAUGACGCAUGCCAACUUUCUAGUGUCUUAUGGUAAAUCAAACUGCACCUGCCAUGCCCUUCUGGCCUUACAUGCAUGUACAUUGGGGAACCUCUGUCAAAUUUAUCGAGACCAAGAAAAUGAACUUGUUUUAUAGAAUCCUUGUUUUCUCAGAAGUAAUAAACAAUAGAAUACAAAGCAGUGGGGCUCUCAAAAUUA